UCCAAUAAUGUGGAUGUUAUUGAAGCAAAAUGCCGAUAACUCUAUUUUCGGCCGACAAUUUUUGGCGGCUGAUAUAUCGGGGCAGGGGCGGGCUGACAACUCAUGGGGCCCCCAGGCAAUAGGGGAUCAUGUGGCCCCUGUGUCCUUGCCCAAACUCAAAAAAGCCUAUGAAAAAGGUACCAGGGGCAUCUCAUGGGGCCCUCUACUGACCCCGGGCCCGUGGGCAGUGCCCGAGUUUCCAAAUGGUUAGUCCGCCCCUG